AGCUUUGAUAGGAGGAAGGGCAAUAAAUCAGUGGAAAUCUCUUUUCGAUAGCGUUCGCGAGCAAUCUUGAGGCCAGUGGAGAUUUUCUGGCGUAUCAGUUCACGCUUCUAUAAAUGGUCGAGCUGGAAGUGCUAUUGCUUCAGUUUCUAUCACAAUGAAGGCCGUGUUUGUUCUCUUGGCUCUCGCCGCCGCUGUUUUUGCCGAUGAUACGGCUACUCCGUACAUCACCCCAGUCUUCCCCGAAGACUCGUGGAUUGGUGACAUCGGCUCAAGGAUCGUAAAUGGUCAGCCUGCCAGUACCAACCAGUUCCCCCACCAGACCACUGUGUUCUCUACCAACAAUAACAGCACUGGUGGCUUCUGCGGUGGCUCUCUGAUUUCCCCCAUCUGGGUCUUCUCUGCUGCUCACUGUACCCGUGGCUUCGCCUGGUACCACAUUGGUGUUGGUAGCAUCAACCGCCUUUCCCAGCAGCAAACACAGAUCUCCAACUUUGUGGUGGAACACGCCCAGUACAAUCCUUCAAACCUCAACAAUGACGUCUGCGUGAUCCGUCUGAACCAGGGCUUCAACAUCAACGCUGCCGUUCAGUUCAUCCGUCUGCCAACACGUGGCGAAUCCGGCCAAUUGUGGGUUGGAGAGCGUGCCUAUGUAUCUGGCUUCGGACGCACCACCAACACCGGACCCAUCUCCAACCAGCUCAUGUUCACCAACAUUCGCAUCAUCACCAAUGCUGAAUGUGCUGGAGUCUAUGGUACCAGCGUCAUUGUGGCCUCCACCAUCUGCGGUCGUGGCUGGGACUUCAAUGCCCAGUCUACCUGCAACGGAGACUCUGGUGGUCCACUCAUCCUCCGCCGCACUGGCCAGACUGAUCUGCACAUCGGUGUUGUGUCCUUCGUGUCCUCCGCCGGAUGCACCAGUGGUCACCCAUCUGGAUACGCCCGCAGCACACACUUCAUCGAUUGGGUUGCUGCCCAGACUGGCAUCGCAGUUGCCCCUUAAACUUGCACACAUUUGACAUACACACAACACACAGUUAGAGAGUGAUAUUUUUUAAAUAAAGUGGACAUUAAGCAACGA